CUGCUGUCUAUUAAAGGCAUGGAGGAGAGGUGUUCCGGACAAAGUUACCCCGGGCCUGGCCAAGUCUCGCUGCCCUUCCGAUCCUACUCCUACCGUGAAGGGGUGCGGUGGUACUGCUUCGAGAUCAAUACUGAUCUAGUCACUUUUGAUGAGGCAGAGGCCCUCUGCCAGGUAAACAGGAACGGUGGCCACUUAGCUUCCAUUAGAAGUGAGACCCUGGUGCGACGCAUUGGUGCUUACCUGUCUCAAGCAAACAUGGACGAGAAUUCUGUGUGGAUUGGGCUGCAGAGGACGCCAACCGUGAACAUGCAGCGUGACUGGCGAUGGACUGAUGGCACACCAUUUGGGUACAGCAACUGGUUGGGUGGGAAACCAAGCAAUGUUGGUGGGAAGCACUGCGUGGUCCUCACACCUGGGUCAGGGUAUAAGAGCUGGGAUGAUGCUACCUGCAGCCUUACCAAACCUUUUCUCUGCAAGUGGAGAGCCAGUUAGGCCUCCUAUCGGGGCUCUCUAUGAGCCAGAGGAGCUCAGAGAUCCUGUUUGGAAGGAAAUGAUGGCGGCGGAAAGGAAGCCUUUCCUCCUGCACCUUCUGAGACUCUUCUCCACAUGAGGAAGCCUCUUCACCAGAGCCCUGGAGUCCAUCUGGGCAUCAGGAGUUCUCUUCUAAAUGUCACUUUAACCUUCCCUGUCUAUCUUUCUGGAGAAUGUGCUUCUUUCCUUGGUAAUAAACUCAGCUAGAGGC